AUGUUGCCUCAGAAGCCACGUGGCUAUGAGUCCUUGAGAGCUUCAUUGAUAGAACGACAAAAAUUAGAGAGGAAGCGAGAGGAAGCGAGAGAGCGGAUGCGAAGAAGACGUCAGGAAAUCAAGACACUUGAUGCAGCAACACAGUCGGCAUUGAAGGACGCGGCCCAUGCAUCUCAGGCAAAGUACCGUCAGAAGCAUCGAUACAUACUAGGGGUUAAAGAGGCCGACAGAAGGCUAACUGCAUAUAUGCAGGGUUGGGAGAAUAACCUUGACAACAUGCCCGAAUACAAGCACCGCAUUGGACAUCUUAAACAACCCGAUGAUUAUUCUUUAGAAGAUAUUCAGCACCGAGAACAGGAACAUAACACUAUAUUGAGUACCCAGAAUCAAUAG